AUGAAAAGAAGAUCGAGAAGCUGUUAUCUGAUAACAAGCACGGAUAUCUAUUGGAAGUUGAUGUUGAUUACCAUCCAUGACAAACACAACGAGCUGCCUUUCCUGCCGGAGCGUAGGAUGAUUUACAGAGUUGAGAAGCUUAUACCAAAUCUCGAAAAUAAGCGGAAAUACGUGGUACACAUCGGGGCUCUUCACCAAGCCCUGAAGCAUGGGCUCGAGCUUAAGAAGGUACACCGAGCUAUACAAUUCAAACAUAGUGCAUGGCUUAAGCCAUAUAUAGACCAUAACACGAAGCUGAGAACUGCCGCCAAGAAUGACUUUGAGAAGGAUUUUUAUAAGCUUAUAAAUCUCUCGGGGUUUGGAAAAACCAUGGAGAAUAUCCGAAAUCAUUGCAACAUCAAGUUAGUCACCAAUGAAGCAGCCUAUACGAAGCUGACCAUGCAACCAAACUUUAAAAGCGGCACUUCUUUCGGUAUGAAUCUUAUGGGUAUUGAAAUGGGUAGAACGGGUAUUAAGAUGAACAAGCCCGUAUAUAUUGGUCAAGCUAUCCUCGAUCAGUCGAAAACCGUCAUAACGGAGGAUUUUUACCGCGACAUUGCCGAUGAUGUGGAAGUACGUUUUGAUACGAGUGCUUAUGACAAGAAUGACAACAGUCCUCUCCCCAUCGGCAAAAACAAGAAAGUCGUGGGCUUGAUGAAGGAUGAACUCAAUGGCAAAAUUAUAACACAUUUCAUCACAUUGAGACCUAAAGCUUAUGCCUACAAGAGCCUCGCGAAAGACGGAGGUGAUCGCAAAGCAAAGGGUGUAAAAAAGGCCGUGACCAAAAAAUGUAUCACAUUUGAAGAUUACCAACGAUGUCUAGAGGAAGGUAUCAUUAUAAACAAGAGUUGA